AUCUCUGUCUAGCCAAUAGGGAGGCUCCGGUUAAUCCGAGCUCAGUGAAAAGCCGGUGUGAGCCCAGAGGCGGCACUAAUCUGAGGACAGAGUCAGUGCAGACAGAGAGGGAGACAGACAGAGGGGGACUGGAAGUUUCUUCUAUGGAGAUGUCCGAUACUUUACAAAAAAUCCCAUCACUUGAUUGCAUUUAGGAGGUUUUCGAAACUUAUCACAGCAGAGGAGACGCUGUCCGUGUUUUCCACUCCAUCCACAGUUAUCCCCACAUCGCCGGCUCUUUUUUUGAGGGGGAUCGCGCUGUGCUGCUGUUCUCAUUACAGCCAAUACACUCUGUGGACAUCCCGUUGAGUCCGGUCGUCAUGUCCUCCGGUGAUGCUUCGGAGCAGAGUCGGCGUAUGAGCGUGCUGUCUUGGGAUCAGGUGCGGCGUUUGGACUCCAUCCUGGGCGAGAGCGUCCCGAUCCACGGCCGCGGAAACUUCCCCACGCUGUCCGUGCAGCCCCGGCAGAUCGUCCAGGUGGUCAGGGCUCGACUGGAGGAGCAGGGUGUGGAAGUACGUGAUGUCAAGCUGAACGGGUCAGCGGCCAGCCACGUGCUUCAUCAGGACAAUGGCCUUGGCUACAAAGACCUGGACCUGAUUUUUGGUCUGAGUCUCUCUGAUGAUAAAACCUUCCGGCUGGUGAAGGACGUGGUACUGGACUGCCUGGUGGACUUCUUGCCUGAAGGGGUGUGCAGGGAGCGAAUCACAGCCCUCGCCUUGAAGGAAGCAUAUGUGCAGAAACUGGUGAAAGUUUGCAACGAGACAGACCGCUGGAGUCUCAUCUCGCUGUCCAACAACACCGGUAAGAACGUGGAACUGAAGUUUGUGGACUCCCUGAGAAGGCAGUUUGAGUUCAGCGUCGACUCCUUCCAGAUCUCACUGGACUCCUUGCUGCUCUUUGACCGCUGCUCGGAGACAGCCAUGUCUGAGACCUUCCACCCUACAGUGCAUGGGGAGAGCAUGUACGGAGACUUUGAUGAGGCUCUGGGUCACCUUAUCUCCAGGACUAUCGCCACCCGUAGCCCAGAAGAAAUCCGGGGCGGUGGUCUGCUCAAGUACUGCCAUCUGCUGGUGCGCGGCUUCCGGCCUUCCUCUGAGGCUCAAAUGAAACAGAUGCAGCGCUACAUGUGCUCGCGCUUCUUCAUCGAUUUCCCCGACAUAAGCGAGCAGCAGAGGAAACUGGAGGCGUAUCUGCAGAACCACUUUGCAGGCAUAGAGCACAAGCGCUACGAGUACCUGGUGACACUGAGGCAGGUGGUGGAUGAGAGCACUGUGUGCCUGAUGGGCCACGAGCGCAGACAGACGCUGGCGCUUAUUUCUGCUCUGGCGCUGCGUGUAAUGGCCGAACAGAAUGCUAUCCCUGCUCUGUCCAACAUCACCUGUUAUUACCAGCCCGCUCCCUAUGUCAGAGAUGUCAACUUCAGCAAUUACUAUGUGGCACAAGUUCAGUCACCCAUGGCCACAUGCAGUAACUCUUAUCAAACGUGGCUGCCUUGCAGCUGAGCAAUGACUUUUAAGAUGUCUGGAGAGCUCUUGGUUUUAACUUUACAUUGUUGUAAGUUGAGCAUUCACUAGAGUGCUCUGUACCUCUGUAGCAAUGGUGCUUUUUUGGUUUGAGGCCCAUAGUGGACGAAAACAAAGUAAUGUAUCUUUUUUUGCCAAAUCUUAUAUCAAAACUAUUCCACUAAGUUAUAUUGAUUGAUACUGCUGUAAAGAAAUUCUCAUUCGAGCCAUUAUAAUUAUACCCUUUUAAUCUGUUGUCAUAACCAAUGUGGAAAUGUAUGGAAAAAAUAUGAAGGCUUGAUAUGUGACCAAGGAACUAAUGUUUCUUGUCUCUUGUAUUGGGUCUUUAAUGAAAUGUAAAUAACUGUUAUUAAGCCAGAGAGCUGUUUCUUGUUCUGUCUGUGGUUACAGCUGACCUGAAUGGGGAGUUAAAAAGGACCAAAGAAAUACUUUCUUGUGUAGCAUGACAAACAAAGACUGUAUGUAGUUCCAAGUGCCUGAAACUGAACGUCUUCAUAGUAAGAAUUGUUUUUGAAACUUUUUCAUCCAGGUUACUGUACAUUUCUAUAUCCAGGGUCAGGGUAUUUGUUUUUAAAUCAUUAAAAAAAAUGUCAAAAAUGAAAA